AUGUCAGCGUACAACGGUCGUCGGGGCCACCCCGUCAAUGUGUCGCAGCUGUUACAGGAUCUCAACAGGAUUCCGGAGCCUGCACCGCAGCCUGACGACAAUCUGCCCAGUCUCGAUGACGAGCUGGCCAUGUUCACGAACACCAAUUUUAUAGACUGGGAUGCCGGCACUCCUCAUGGAAGCGGGCAUGAAACCGCCUCGACCACUUCGCCGGCGACGGAGCGUGUUUCCUCUGACGCAGUCAAUGGUGACCUGUCGAAUUUCGACUUUAACCUGACAGGCGAUUUUAAUGGCUUCGAUUUCCACAAUUACCCGGCGCCAAACGUCAGCAGUUUCUCAGACAACCUAGGCACAUUGGCACCAAUUCAGCCUUCACCCACCUACCCUCCUAACGGGGGUCAGGGUCCUUACGGAACAUCCGUGCAUUCAGGCGACAAAGCCGGUGAGGCGGCUCCACGACGCAGCCGACAGCUCUCCUUCGAAGAGCAGUCGAGGCUAGCUGCAGAGGAGGACAAGCGGAGGCGAAACACAGCCGCUAGUGCUCGCUUUCGAGUGAAAAAGAAGGCUCGCGAGCAGGCACUCGAGAAGCGCGAGAAGGAGCUCAGCGACAAAGUCGGUGCAUUGGAAAGUCGGAUUUCGUCUUUGGAAACGGAGAACAAAUGGCUCCGAGAACUGGUCAUGGAAAAGAACGGCGGUAGCGACUCGGUAGUGUCGGCCUUGCUAGAAAAGCAAAAGCCCGAGUCGAGAAAAGCGGCGGAACAAGCUAAAUCAGAAACCUCUUCAUGA